UGAUAAUUUUUUUAUGUGUUGCUUUUUUGUGUUUCAUGUAUCUUUUUUCUGUAACAUGCCUAUUCAUAUUUUUCUGUUCGUCUUAAAAUGGUUUAAAUUUUUUUCAUUAUUGAGCUUUGAGAGUUACAUAUUGUGGAUACUGGUCUGUUAGGAGGUAUAUAAUAAUCUGAAAAUUCUACAUUUUUGACUUUAAUUUUCUUGAUCUUGCCUUUGUAGCAAAAGAGUUUUUAAUGUUAAUGAAGUUCAACUUACCCAUAUUGAGUUGAUUUUAUCUGUGGUUAAGGGUCACAGUUUUGUUUUGUUUUUGCAUACGGAUAUCCAAUUCUCCUGCGUCCGUUUGUUGAAAGGGGCAGGUACCUUUGAGCAGUGAAGCCUGCACGAGCCCCGGGCGAUCCCGCCAGCGGUCAGACUGCAUGGGGUUGAGCAAAUGUGGUAGCGUGUUGGUGCACCGUGGUGAGCAAAGAAAGGAUGGGCGGAUUACCAAGGGCCUUGGUCUGGUCUCAGUUCCUUUUGGACGUAAUUUGUGCCAGGGCUGGUUUUUUUGUGGUGACUCUGGGCCGUACUACGAUUCCCAGCAUGCACUGCGCUGGCCUGCCCCCUGCGGAGGGGCAAAGCUAGACAGACCUGGAAGUGCGGCUGCGAGGGAAAGGCUGGGACACGGUUUCUGGUACGGAGAUCGAUUUCUCAAGGUUUUGGCCUGCACGAGGGACUAGCGAGCCGAACCGUGAGACGUACUACCUCCCCACUCAGACACACCCCCGUCCUCUGACCCGCCGUAGCCUCCCUCUCCGAUCGAGACCGGACUCGUUUCUUCCUCCGGUUUCCCGCGGGGACUAACCCUUGAAGACGACCAACCGCAGCCGAGAGUUUUGCCGGCCGGGCCAACCAGAGGCGAGAUGGAAGAGGCGGGGGUGGGAGCCGCCAAAUUGUCUAGGAGAGAGUCCAUUUCUCCUGUAAAGGGCGAGUCGCCUCUCCUGGGACCCCGAGGAGAGCAAAGGAGCUGCGGGGGGGUGCGGAGGCGCAGGGACCCCUCCCCGCUCGGGUGGGGACCGCGGCGGGGCCGGGCUUACCCUUCAGGAACCCCCUCCAGGUGUCCGGGCCCAGCCUCGGCCACCAUGUCGCACCAGACCCCUCUGGGCUCCUCAGUGCCACACCCCAGCUGCCUAGACCUGUGGAGGGAAAAGAAUGACCAGCUAGUUCGACAGGCCAAGGUGGCUCAGGACUCGCGUCUAUCUCUGAGGCGACAGCAGUUGGCUCAAGAUGCACUGGAAGGGUUCAGGGGACUCCUCCAUAGUCUGCGGGGGCUCCCUGCGGCUGUUCCUGUUCUCCCCUUGGAAUUGACUAUUACCUGCAAUUUCAUUACCCUGAGGGCAAGCCUGGCCCAGGGUUUCACUGAGGACCAGGCACAGGAUAUUCAACAGGGCUUGGAGAGAGUGCUGGAGACCCAGGAACAGCUGGGGCCCAGACUGGAAUGUGGGCUCAGGGGGCUGUGGGACUCUGUUCUCCAUUAUUCCUCCCUUCUGCUGGAGCUGCUGCCUGCCCUUCACCACCUGGCUGGCCUGCAGGCUGCCCUCUGGCUAAGCACUGACUGCCUUGGGGACUUGACCUUCCUGCUGCAGACCUUGAAUGGCAACCAGAAUGAGGCCUCUCGGAAUCUGCUGCGGCUUCUGAAAACUUGGAGCCCCCCAGCUGAGGAGACAAAUGCUCCAUUGACCCUGCAGGAUGCCCGGGGCUUAAGGAAUGUCCUUCUUACUGCUUCUGCCUUUCGCCAAGGCCUCCAGGAGCUGAUCACAGGAAGUCUGCCCAGGGCACUGAGCAGCCUGCGAGAAGCAGCCUCAGGUCUGUGCCCACGGCCUGUGUUGGUCCAGGUGUACACGGCUCUGGGGACCUGUCUCCGUAAAAUGGGCAAUCCACAAAGAGCUCUGCUGUACUUGGUUGCAGCCCUGAAAGGGGGAUCAACCUGGGGUCCCCCACUUCUGGAGGCCUCCAGGCUGUAUCAGCAACUGGGGAACACGGCAGCAGAGCUGGAGAGUCUGGAGCUGUUGGUUGAGGCCUUGAAUGUCACUCACAGUUCUGAAGCCCCCCAGCUUCUCAUUGAAGUAGAGUUAUUACUCCCCAGACUUCACCCAGCCUCACCCCUUCAUUGUGGCACACAGAGCCAGGCCAAGUACUUGCUAGCAAGCCGAUGCUUACAGGUGGGAAGGGCAGAGGACGCUGCAGAGCAUUAUUUGGACCUGCUGGCUCUGGUGCUGGAUGGCUUGGAGUCAAAGUUCUUCCCGCCCCCUUCCCCCGCAGGGCCUUGUAUACCUGAGGUCUUCUUAGAGGCAGCAGCAGCACUGAUCCAGGCAGGCCGAGCCCAGGAUGCCUUGACUGUAUGUGAGGAGCUGCUCAGCCGCACGUCAUCUUUGCUUCCCAAGAUGCCCCAGCUGUGGGAAGAUGCCAGAAAAGGAACCAAGGAGUCACCACACUGCCCAUCCUGGGUCUCUGCCACCUACCUGCUUCAGGGUCAAGCCUGGGUGCAGCUGGGGGCCCAAAAAGAGGCAAUUAGUGAAUUUAGCCGGUGCCUUGAGCUGCUCUUCCGGGCCACUUCUAAGGACAAAGAACGAGGGCCUGCUUCCAAUGGUGAGAAGGGUUGUGUAUCAGAUAUGACACUACAACAGCUUCGGGCAGCUGCCCUGAUUAGUCGUGGACUGCAGUGGGUGGCCAGUGGCCAAGAUACCAAAGCCCUACAGGACUUCCUCCUCAGUGUGCAAAUGUGCCCAGGUAAUCAAGAUGCUUCCUUUCACCUGCUUCAGACUCUGAGGAGGAUGGAUCGGAGGGAUGAGGCCACUGCUCUCUGGUGGAGGCUAGAGGCCCAAACUAAGUUGCCACAGGAGAAUGCUGCAUGGUCUCUUCCCCUGUACCUAGAAACCUAUUUGGGCUGGAUUCGUUUCCCUGACCGUGAAACUCUUCUUGAGGAGUUUCAGACAUCUCUGCCGGAGCCUUGUGAUCUGUAGCUGCCACAGUUUAAAGAGCCUGAGCUGGGGCUCCAGUCGCCCAUUUCUCUGGGGGAGGGGUUUUCUGCUUUACCAUUCUUGGGGGAUGUGGGUGAAACUAAUCAUUCCUAUAUAAGUCUGGCAUUGGAGAAGUUGGUAGUAGUCCUGCAAAAUUUGGCCUAGUUACUGCCAUUCUGGUUCCAGAGGAAGCCCGCUUGCCACCAUAAAGGCAUUAACUUUGCUUAUGACACCUUUUUCCCUGUUCUCCUUUUAAUUGUGUUGAGUAAAAUUUCAUAUUUAUCUCUUG